UGUUCAACUUAUCACAUGGAAAAUUAUUGGAUAAAAUUUGACUCUAGUUAGUGGAUAUCAGUUAUACUUUAUUCUUCACAAGCUUAUAAAAUUAUAUACAAUUAACAUGAGUUGCUAACUAAUUAUAUUAAUAGUUGAAAAUUUUAUAUUUAAAUACCGAUAUAAUUGAUAAGAGAUUCAUAUUGGAUACAUUAUCCACAAAAAAAAAAUUAAAAUAAAGAUUUUGGAUGAAAAAUAAACGUGACAAUAGUUCUAUUUUACAGAAUUUGCUAAACAAUGGAAGUGAAGAAGAAUAUGCUUUCUAAUAUAAUAAAACAUAUAUACAUCGUCAUCUCCAUCCCUAACCCUUUAUAUAAUGCUCUACACUCUAGACUCUAGUAAUAACAAACCCAACUCUUGUUUUACAAUUACAUAUUCUUAAGACCAACCGCAACGGAAGUCCUUAGCGAUUCUUAAGGGUCAUUACCAAAGUUAAUGGUAAUAUAAAAACUAUAUUUCAGCAUAAUUAUCUAAGGAUCAAUGGCUUCAAUGACUCUUGGUUCAUUGGUUCACCACAAUGGCUUCAAUGACUCUUGGUUCAUUGGUUCACCAUCACCAUCACCAUCAAUCUUCUCCUUGUUCUAUCUCUACCCGAUCUUCUUCCUUCAUGACUCUUAAACCUAUCGUCAUCAACCCAAAACGCACCGUUUCAUCAUCUUCCUUCAUCGUCUCCUCUUCCAUCGUCAGAAAACAAGACAACCACAUGAAAUCAUCAUCCUUCGACUUCAUGUCUUACAUGGUACGUAAAGUCGAAACCGUCAACAGAGCCUUGGACUUGGCCGUUCCUCUCCAAGAACCACUCAAGAUCCACGAAGCCAUGCGCUACUCCCUCCUCGCCGGAGGCAAACGCAUCAGACCCCUUCUAUGCAUCGCCGCUUGCGAGCUCGUCGGAGGCGAAGCCUCCGUCGCUAUGCCGGCAGCUUGCGCCGUCGAAAUGAUCCACACCAUGUCGUUGAUCCACGACGACCUCCCGUGCAUCGAUAACGACGACCUCCGCCGCGGGAAACCCACGAACCACAAAGUCUUCGGCGAAAACGUCGCCGUUCUAGCCGGAGACGCGCUUCUUCCCUUUGCCUUCGAGCAUCUAGUGACGGCCACGAGCCCCGAGGUCUCCCCGGUGAGACUGGUUCGAGCCGUGGGAGAGCUGGCUAAAGCAGUUGGCGUGGAAGGCGUCGCGGCUGGACAAGUGGCGGAUAUAAGCAGUGAAGGGUUAGACUCAAACGAAGUCGGAUUAGAGCAUCUGGAGUUUAUCCAUUUGCAUAAAACGGCGGCGUUGCUUGAAGCCUCUGCGGUGUUGGGUGGGAUCGUUGGUGGAGGGAGUGAAGAUGAGAUCGAGAAGCUGAGGCAGUACGCGAGGUGUGUUGGUUUGUUGUUUCAAGUGGUUGAUGAUAUCUUGGACGUCACGAAAUCGUCUCAAGAACUAGGUAAAACUGCUGGGAAAGAUUUGGUUGCUGAUAAAUUAACGUAUCCGAAGAUUAUGGGUUUGGAGAAAUCGAGAGAGUUCGCUGAGAAGUUGUGUAGAGAUGCUCGUGAACAGCUUUUAGGGUUUGUUUCCGACAGGGUCGCUCCUUUGUUGGCUUUGGCUAAUUACAUUGCAAAUAGACAGAACUGAAGUGUGUUUUCUUCCUUACUUGUUGGAAUCAUUCGAGAUUUUAUUCUCUGGUCGUGUUUCAGAUUGAAUUGUAUAAAAUAUUGGAGAAGCUGAAACAACAGAUUCUUGUGCUUGUUGUUGUAAUCUCUAUGCUUCCGUGUAUUACAAGAUAGGAUAGUUAUGGGUUUAAUACUAUGAGAUCCAUGUUUGUAGGUUCUGACUAAAUCGUUUAGUCCAUUAGGAACCUUUUAAGGCCCAGAUUGUAGCACUGGGCUAUGAAAACCGAUUCAAUAUACGACUUUAAUAGUUCUUGACCUUGAAUUUUCUGAGAGUGAAUUUUGAGGUUUGGUGAUGAAACAGGCUGGCAAACUUAAGUGGUCAAGAUAAAUGACAGAACAUACACGUUGAUCUAGACAUGGACCACGAAUACCACAUGGACGUGGGCCAUCCCAUGCCGGGGUUCCCACUUGAACCAAUUAAACUGAGAUGUGUUUUGCGUUUUCUCUGAUCGUUUUUAUAGAUGUGAAUUGUGAACUAGCAAGCCACAAGUACGAAUACUGAAUAAUACACUUAAUGAAUUUCAUCUGUACUUCUAAGAUAAAUCUUUUAUAUUUUAGUCAAAAACUUUCACAAUCAUCAACUUGAUAAUUCAUCAAAAUCAUUGCAAUAAGAGUUUUAGUACAAGGUCAUCUCAUGUAGGAAAAUAUCAUUGCAAAUUGUUACAAAACGGUCAAGAGAUCCAAAAAGCUAGAAAAAUGGUCCUAGCUAACUUUGGUCUUAUAUGAAUUUAGACAAGGCGAAAUUAUAUAAGGUCUAUUUUAGAUGCAAAAUAAAUGCAAAGAUAGUAUUGGGAAAUGGAGAGGCUCCAGACCAUGAG